AUGGCCUGUGCCCUUCUGGACCUGUUGGAAGAAGAAGUGACGUGUGCCAUCUGCCUGACCUACCUGGAAGACCCGGUCACCAUCGACUGCGGGCACAUCUUCUGCCGGGGUUGUGUGGCCAAGGUCCACGAGUUCCGGGGCCCCGCCUUGCUCAUCCCCCCAUCCUGUCCGCUCUGCAAAAGGACCUUCAGAAAGGAGCACUGGAAGCCCGCCUGGCAGGCGGCCAGCAUGGUCAGGAACAUCCGGAAAGUGAAGGAACGGGAGGAGAGAGCCGCCGGGGGAGAGACGCUCUGCGGGAAACACGGGGAGAAGCUGCAUUUCCACUGCGAGGAUGACGGGCAGCUGCUGUGCAUAGUCUGCAGGGAGUCCCGGGAGCACCGGCCCCACGAGGUGACCGUCAUCGAGGAGGCCGCCCAAACCUACCGGGAGAAGAUUCUGCAUCAUAUCCAAUUAUUCAAGAAACAGAGAGAUGAGAUUCUGGAUUUUCAGUCUAUAGGGAAAGGGAAGAUCCAGAUGCUGCUGACCCAGACGGAAGCCGACGAGCAGAAAGUCAAGUCAGAGUUUCGUCAAAUUCACCAGUUCCUGGAGAGGCAGGAGUGUCUCUUACUUGGCCAUUUGAAGCUACUGAGCAGAUGGAUCCGGGAGGGGCAGCUGGAAUAUGUCGCCAGGUUCUCUGAGGAGUUUUCGUGUCUGGGGACCCUCAUCGCGGAGCUGGAAGAGAAGAAUCAACAGCCCGACAUUCCGUUGCUGGAGGACAUCAACGACUUGCUGAGAAGGUGUCAGCGUGAGAAAUUCCUCGGUCUGGAUCCCAUUUCCCUCGCAUUUGAGAAAAGAAGCAGCAACGUUGCCGAAAAAAUUCUCCACAUCCAGAGGGGUCUUAAGGAAUUCCGAGCCUCCCAGGAAGGAAUAGUCGCCGGCCUUCCUGAUCCAUCGUCCUGCUGUGCCAGCUUGGCCCUCAGCUCUCCUCUCGCUCUCCCCUCGGAGCAGUUGUUGCAGGAACUGGAAUGUAACUCGGCCGGGAUCACGCUGGACCCGGACACUGCCCCCAAGUGUCUUGCAAUCUCCGGGGACGGGAAACGGGCGAUCAACACGGCCCGUUUCUGCGAUCAACGGCAGAAGCUGCCUGACCACCCCAAGCGUUUUGACUCGGACCCCUUCCUGCUGGGCCGGGAGGGUUUCGCAGCGGGGAGGCACUCCUGGGUGGUGGAACUGGAGGUGGGAAAGUUCGGGGCGGGAGCUGUCGGGGUGGCCCGCGAGUCUGUGAAGAGGAAGGGGGGGAUCGUCAUCACCCCCGAGGAGGGGUUCUGGGCCCUGGGUUUCUCUCUGCGUUCCGUCUGGCCCCUCACGGCCAAUCCCACCCAGGAGGCUCAGAGGAAGAGGCCUCGCAAGUUGAGGGUCUCCCUGGACUGGGCCGGGGGCCGGGUUACCUUCUCCAACGCCGAGACCCGGUCCCCCGUCUACACUUUCUCAGCCUCCUUCUCAGAGAAGAUCUUCCCGUUCUUUGGACUCUGGAAGGAGGGCACCCAGGUCACUGUGAGCCCCUGA